AUGAAGGUACCGUCGGUAAAGUUGGAAGUGGACGGUGAACCUGUUUUCCUAAAACGACGGAUGCUCCUGUACGAUCAACGGAAAGUUGUCCUGAAAGCGUUACAGAAAAUGGGACAGGAUGGUGUGAUAAGCAAAGUUGAGUCCAGUGCCUGGGCGACCCGGAUUGUCGUGGCGAUGGAAGUGAUGAUAGGACACCACGGAUCUGUGAAGACUAUCGACUGA